AUGGCCUCGUCACGACGCCCUUCGGCGUCGCCCACGUCUGGAUCCUUUGCCGAACCAUCCGAGAUGGACAAGUACCGUCUCGUCAGCAACAUUGGUAAAGGGAGCUUUGGCGUCAUCUCCAAGAUCCAGCGCAUUGAAGAUGGCAAGGAAUUCGCCCUAAAGGAGCUCGACUACGGCAAGAUGAACGAAAGGGACCGCAAGCAGAUAAUGGCCGAGGUAGCCAUCCUCGAGUCGCUCAAGCACCGCAACAUUGUGCAGCUCGUACAGAAGAUCCGCGACGCGAAGAACGAGCGCAUCUACAUCGUCAUGGAGUACUGCACGUCUGGCGACCUCGGCUCGCUCAUCCGCAAGGCGCAGCGCAGCACUGCGCCGCUGCACGAGGAUCGCAUCUGGAACAUCUUUUUGCAGAUUACUCUCGCCCUCCACCACUGUCAUUGGCCCGAGCAGCGCAGGGCAGCCGUGCGUCCGAGCGGCGACGCGGGUCGCACACAGGUGCUCCACCGUGACCUGAAGCCUGAGAAUGUGUUCCUCUCUGGCGACUUUGUUAAGCUCGGCGACUUUGGUCUGAGCAAAGACAUGGCCGGUCACACCUUCACGCAGACCUACGUCGGCACGCCGCUGUACAUGCCCCCCGAGAUCCUCGCCGAGAACCGGUACGACACCAAGUCGGACAUCUGGUCCCUCGGCUGCCUCGUGUACGAAAUGUGUGCCUUGCACUCGCCGUUUCACACGGCCCGCACCCAGGAGGAAUUGAUAAGCAUGGUCAAGUCGGGCAAGAUGCCGCCAUUGCCGAGCAAUAUCUCGCCCGCGCUCAAGCUUGUCAUCAAGGCCAUGCUUAACCUCAAUCCUAUUCGUCGGCCGUCGACGCGGGACUUGCUGGAGAUGGAGGAGAUGAAGCUCCAUCGCAAGCUGUUUACUGUGCAGAACCAAACCUCUGUCCUGACCGCGCGCAAACAGGAGCUAGAGCAGUGGGAGGCGACGGCCAAGAGACGCGAGGAGCGCUUCAAGCAGAAAGUCGCCGAGAUGGAGGCGCGUGAGGCCGCACUCGUCGAACGAGAGCAGGCACUUAACCAGCGCGAGGCCGAGUUCAACAUGCACUGGCAGCAGCUCGAGCAGAGAGAAGAGAUCCUGCGGGAGAACCGAAGACGCUUAACCGUCUCCCACGAGUCACUGCAGGCCCAGUGGGCUGCCCUUCGGGAAGAACGCCCUGUCGUGCCCACCACGACAUCCAUAUCUGAGGAGGAGUCGGACGAAACGGACUUUGGCCCCGUGCUGCCGCAGCGGGCAUCAUUGGAAGAGCCCAAGUCGAUGCCCAUCUCGUCCAUCACUGCGCGACACGCAGCGUACCACGACACGCCGAGCAAGAUACCAGGAGCUGUGGCGUACAACAGCCCCGUGCCGCUCGACUCGAAGAUCGCGUCCAAGAUCUCGCGGUUAAACGGGCGGCGUGCGAGCGGCGGCUCGUCCCUCCCCCGCCUGGCCUCCAAGUCGCUCACGAACCUCGCCGCACGCUCUCGCGCCGACGAAGAACUCUCCACACCCACCAAGAACGUCUAUCGCCACCUCACGGGCCGGACGUCGAUAGGCUCGCCGGGCGAAUUAGAUCGCGUCUUCAUCGACGACAUAACCAUGCACACAGCCACAUCCUUUGGCUCGCCCGCCAACAUGAGUCCGUACAUCACGCGCGCCCGCAGCGACGACGAGGUGGACGGCCCACCCACCCUCAUCCCCCAGCCCAACUACGUGUACCGCCCCGACUCCACGCCAGCCAAGUGGGACCCUGAGGCGCUCGACGCCCCCUCGCCCUUCUUACGUCGCACAACCUCCGCGGCGCCACUCGCGCAGCCAAACUUCACCGCCUCGGCGGUAAGCUCGCGUCCCAGCGCUCAACCCCGCGAGGCCCGCCCCCCAUUAUCGGCGAUACAGCCACAGGUAGCCCCGUCCGCCGCCGCCCCACGCAAGCUCCCCCGAUCCCGAUCAGGCACAUUGAGCCUGCACCACGCCGCAGUUGUGCGUAAUGCAGCCCGUACUGAGGGGCUAAUCGCCGCGCCGGUACGAAGGGUGGCGGGUCGUGAUCCCGCGAGGUGCUAG